GUUUUCACUUGCAUUCCGGUCGCUCUUAGACGCCGAUCUGAGACCGAUGUCGUCGUUUCUUUUAAACGUAUCGUUCAAGAGUAAAAGUCUAGAUUUUUUUUUUACUUGGUCGCUGACAAAACAAUUGUAUUAUACUAAAGAGGUGGUGCAAAAAUCAUCUAUGCGUGGACUUAAGUAAUCGCCAUUGCAUUUGUAAUUACCCCAUACAUCAGUCACUUCAAGGUAAGAGGGGAUGUCCGGUGAGCGCCUGUACUGCUGCGAGGAUCCCGCUGUGUGGAGUAGCGUAUAUGGCAAAUACUGGGCCGUCAUGGAAGCCAAGGCUGCCGGCAAGGGGAAGAGUUCAGGGAAGCUCUUGGCAUUAGAUAAGUGGUAUCAGGAGGAGCUACCAGUUGUCAUUUCUGGUCGAACAGAGCCCUCUCUAACACACCCCGAACUGGUCAAACUCAUGGAGUGGAAACUGACUAGGGGAAAGUUCCGGCCUCGGCUGCAGAAGCUGGUUGGCUCUAACAGCGAGGAGGCGGUGCUUAGCUGCACCACGAGGGCUUUCCAGCUCCUUCCCAAUGUCCAAGCAGCAAUCGCAGAAUUGAGCUUGCUCAAAGGGCUGGGACCUGCUACAGCAUCAGCGGUACUGGCAGCAGGGGCACCAGGUGUAGCUGCUUUUAUGUCUGAUGAGGCAGUUGAAAGCAUUGCUGAUCUGAAACCAGUUCAGUACACAGCCAAGCACUACUUGCUCUUCUUGCAGAAAAUACUGGACAAAUCCCACAAGCUCAACAAAGUGAAAAGUGAACAGGUCUGGACUCCUCAUAAGGUGGAGCUGUGCUUAUGGACAUGGGCUGUAGCCAAUCAGAUUCAGCCUUCACUGCUGGAGGAGUUUUGCCUGAAUGACACUGCCCAAAAAGAGACCAUUCAGAAGCCAAGAAGUAGAAAAGCAACCAGUGAGCAGCCGUCUAAAAGACAGAAGACCGACUAGCCCAAAGGAACUUCUAGGUUAAAAACUACUUCUCAGAAAGCCAGACACCGAGUAAUCCAAUUAUAUCUACUGGGGAUUUUUGACUUUUGCUUUGUUCUUUCUAUUAAGACUCACUGUACAAAAAGCUGUUGCAGGACUGGCAUAGCCUCCUUGUGUUUCUGCACAACCUGAGCACGCCUAUGAGAGAAGCUUGCUUGCUUGUCACUCUGUCACCAGGCAUUAUGAGGAAGGCUAAGUUUCACCAGAAACGUCCACUCUGCUGGAGCUUCCAGACAGUCUCCUAUUUGUCCUGACACUUUCAUGUAUGUUUUUUUUUUGUUUUUUUGUUUUUUUUUAAGGAACACAGUUUUUCAUGUCAUUUGGUUCUGUUGAAGAUUUAAAUUGUUUUAUAGAUGUGCAAUAAUGUCACACUGCUUCAUCAUGGAUGGCCGUACGUUUGUGUGCGUGCUUUACUAUGCGUGAGUUUUUCUCACACAUUCUGAGUGUAGAGGACAUUCUGAACUGAGUGCUCACAGCUUGCUUGUUUAUUCCUUACAGCUGAGAAAUGAAAGCAGAUACAAUGAAAACGGUACAAAAAAGGAAAAAAUGCCUUGGUUUCAGACAUUUAAAAAGUACAUCAUGAACUUUAUAAUGACUUUGAUAUAAACUACCAAAAUGUACAUCUUUUUUUCCUUUUCAUUUCAACUAGAGAAAAAUAAUAGUCUAGCUUGUACAUUUUUGUUUUGUUCCAAAGCUUUAAUUUGUAAACAGCAAUUUUUUUUAAAAAUUUACUGCACUGAGUUAUUUUUGGCACCAUUCGGAGGUCUCAGAGAGGACAACAAAUUUGUAUAAGGACUAUAAUUAUGACUGCAGGACAGAAAUGACCCCAGUGGAGCACAGUGAUUACCUCAUAGCAACAUGCAUUCUAUAACCAAUAACUACAGCACCAUCAAUGACAUUGGUUGCCACUGCUAGGCUCGAGGUUUGUUGCUAACUCUGAGAAGGAAGGGCAGUUAUUGGCUAUGAUCUGAUGUGGGAGGAGCUUCUGAGUACAAAUUCCAGGUAAACUAUUCAAGGCCAGACAAUUCCGUCUCAGAAUUCCACAGGAGCAAACAGAAUUCAGACACAUUCCACUAAUGAAGGAAACUGACGCUACUUCCUCACGCCACACACACAAUUCUUUUACAACCUCUAUGUCACACAUGCCUGCACACACAAGAAUACACACACCUUUGCUUAAGAGAUUGUGACUUACUCUUAACACUUUCACACAUCACAUGGAACAGUCUGAUGAGCUACGAUGGCUUCACAGUAACCUCCUGAGUCCAAAACUAUGGUGAAGCCAAACCAUGAAAUGUCCUAUAAAAUUGCACUGUAUCCCAAGGUUUACAAAUCCCAUUUUAUCACACACAAAUAAAGGUGUUGGAUCUGUGCUCA